AUGUGUUGGCCUUUCAGGAGCCAAAAACAUGAUGCCUAUACAAAAGCUCCACGCCCGGUAGUCUACGCGAGUGAUUAUAACAGAAACAAAUAUCGAUCCAAGAAUAAGAAGAAUCGUCGCAGACAUUCCAGAGAUUUUCCUGGUAUUGUGGAUGGUGUUAUGAAUGGUGUUGCGAGUGUUGUGGAUGCUGUGGAUGGUGGCGGAGGUGACGGUGGAGGUGGAGGAGGUGACGGUGGAGGUGGAGGUGCUUAA